UUCCACUAGUGCCGUGUCAAUGUGCCAUGCUGGCUCUCCGGCAGAUGAAGAGGUGUGAAAGGUGGCUUCCAUCUCGUGUCUUGCGGGUCUACCUGCGCCCUUUCAGUGCCCAGUUUGAUCCCAAGAAUCCGCUGGCGAUCUUGAGUCAUGCUGAGGAUCUUAGGGUAGAUGAGGCAAAGCAGCGCUACAUGCAGCAGUGGUACGGGAGCAGCAACAUCAUGAAUGAGCGCAAUCACCACUACAACCGAAGUUUGCAGGGCCUGGAAGGGCCCAACGCGCUGGGAGUCCACCUUUCUUACCCAGCACGAAUCAAGUUUCUUCGUGGAGGCCGUGGAAAGUGGGGACUAUCCCGACGUUCAAUUGGCCGUUUCCGAGACCCACGCAAUACCGUGACCAGCCCUUGAUGUCGGAGGUGCAGUGAUGCCGCAAUGGCGCUGUCAGCUGAGUUGAAAAGAACGGUGAGUCAAUCCACGCCAGCUGUCCACGCUUCAUUUUGUUGGUCCCUGUUUUAAGAUGCCAUGAG